AUGGCUGCUGGGAGAUCAACUAUUAUGCGGCCUCCGCCGGAGGACCCUAACAAAUCUCCGAUUGAGAACGUGCUGGAGGUGACAGAGCUGGGCGUCUUGGGGCCGGACAUCUUCACAAACACCCGCCAACCCUGGCACCCGCCGGGCGCGCGCGGCAUCUUCGGGGGCGCCGUGAUCGCGCAGUGCCUCGCCUCGGCCCAGAAGACUGUGCCCAACGACUUCUUCGUCCACUCGUGCCACUGCUACUUCCUGCUCGCCGGCUCCUCCGAGAUCCCGAUCCUGUUCCACGUCGAGCGCGUGCGCGACGGCCGCUCCUUCGCCACCCGCACCGUGCAGGCGCGCCAGCGCGGCCGGUGCAUCUUCACGACGACCGUCUCGUUCGUCAAGGAAGGGUCCGGCGGCGAGAAGCAGGUGCGCCACGCGGCGCCGCUGCCCGAGGGCGUGCGCCCGCCGCCGGGCGACUGGAAGGGCGAGCCCGAAUGGUCGACGCACUCGCCGUUCCAGACGUACCGGAUCUCGCUGGUCGGCGGCAAGGACGCGGAGCCGCACGAGAUGAAGAGCCGGAACUGGGUGCGCGCGCGGGGGAAGAUCAGCGUGAGCGGGGGACACCAGGCGCACCUGAACGCGCUGGCGUACAUGUCGGAUAGCUACUUCAUCGGGACGGUCGGGCGGAUCCACAAGUUGUGGCGGUUCCCGUUCAAGCCCGAGGAGUUCGAUGACUUGCCGCCGGAGCUGAAGGAGCAGGUGGAGCGGCUGAACGAGUUCGAGGGCAACACGGAGGGCGGGGUGGAGUACUGGAAGACGAGGCCGCACCUGGGGAUGAUGGUCAGCCUGGACCACUCGAUUUACUUCCACGAGCCGAGGAGGGUGAGGGCGGACGAGUGGAUGUUCACAGAGAUGGAGAGCCCGUGGAGCGGGGAGGGGAGGGGUGUUGUGAUUCAGAAGAUCUUUGGCGGGGACGGGACGCUUUUGGCGACUUGUGUGCAGGAGGGCGUCGUGCGGUUGAAGCAGGAGGAGGACGCUGAGAAGGAGGAGCCCAAGUCGAAGUUGUGA